AUGCCCUUGAGUGUUGAGCAAUGCACACCCCAGGACAUACCCUCCCUCGUCUCCCUCUCCACAGCCGCUUUCAGCGCGCCCACGCCGGCUAAUGUGUUCCCUGACACACCUGCUGUGAACGCGUUUCGCACGAAGCGUCUCGAGCAUACCCUCGCUGAGGAUCCCUUCGCAGUGUUUACCAAGAUCGUGGACACCGAUCUUGAGGAUGAAAUUGUCGCGUUCGCGAAGUGGAUGCGUCCGCAUUCAAGGGAAGAGGCGGAAAAGAGUGGGUACGUGGAUCUGGUGAUGAGCCGGGAUGAGCUGCCGAGGGAGUGUAGGAGGGAGGUGAUUUGGGGGCGGGAGGAAGUGAAACAGAAGAAGGUGGAGGAGGUGAUGGGGGAGAAGAGGUUCUACUAUCUUCAGGCCCUGGCGACGCAUCCUGCGCAUGGGGGCCGGGGUUGCGCAGGGAGGUUGGUGAGGUGGGGAAUGCAGCGUGCGGAAGAGGAAGGCGUGGAGUGCUAUGUUGAGGCGCAGGAUUCGUCGAAGCCAAUUUUCUUGAAGUAUGGGUGGGACGAGGUUGGGGUGAUGGGGGAGGGAGAGGAGAAGUGGGCUACAGUGCUGGUGUAUAAGCCGGCGAAGGGGUUAAACAAGUGA